GACACUUCAAUAUGCAGCUGGACUCCAUCGGACUAGCCUGGACUAUCAGAAUGGCGGGUUGCUUUUGGAUGCUCCAGUUAUGUUUCCUUACCUUCUCUCUCCAUCAGUCAGAACAGUCAGUAUUUUGGCCGGCUUCUAAGGCAAAUGAAGUUAUAGUAAGAACGAAACGUGCCAGAUCCUUUAUUGUGGAGGAGAUUUUAAAGGGAAAUUUGGAAAGAGAAUGCUUUGAAGAAAAAUGUGUUUAUGAAGAAGCGAGGGAAGUGUUUGAAAACAAUGAAAAGACUCAUGCAUUUUGGAGCCAAUAUAUGGGUGUUCCUACAGCUGGCACUCCAUGUGUCUCCCAACCCUGCCUGAACAAUGGAAUAUGCCAGGAUUACAUCCGAAACUACAUUUGCAGCUGCCUCGAAGGGUAUGAGGGAACAAAUUGUGAAUACGCUAAAAAUGAAUGUCAUUCCAAGAGAAGCAACGGAUGUGACCACUUUUGUCGUCCAGGGCAGAAAUUUUUUAUGUGCAGUUGUGCAAAGGGUUAUAAACUUGGAAAGGAUCAAAGAUCAUGUAUUCCAAAUGAGAAGUGUGCAUGCGGAAUCCUCAGUUCUAAAAGCAACGUGACAUUGACAGAUGCCAAGCUGACUUUCCAAAAUUUUCCAUGGCAGGUCAAAUUAACAAAUUCGCAAGGAAAGGACUUCUGUGGUGGCGUUAUAGUACAGGAAAAUUUUGUGUUGACUACAGCAAAAUGUUCACUCCUACAUGGAAACAUCAGUGUGAAGCUAAGUGAAGAUAGUAUACCAGGAGCCCCAGUGGAGAUAAAAAUAAAGAACAAGCAUGUGCACAUGAGGUAUGAUCAAGAAAUGGGGCAGAAUGACCUGGCAUUGCUAGAGCUUAAUGAGCCCGUUCGGUGUGGCAGCAACGGACUUCCCAUCUGUAUCCCCGAAAAGGAUUUUGCAGAACACGUUCUGAUUCCAGAGAAAAUGAACGUUGUCAGUGGCUGGACACUCAAUGGAACCGAACUGGGUGACUCGUUGAUUGACUUGCCCAGUGUAUAUUUUGAUAAUGAGAAAUGUGAAGAAAUACUCAAUGUGACAGUUACAACGAGGCUAUUUUGUGAGAAAAGCAAGGCAACGGCGGACUGGAAGUUGGCGGAGGGAAGUAUUGUCAUGGCUGAGCACAAAGGGACUUGGUUUUUGAUUGGUGUUAUGGCCUCUCUACCAACUGAAAAGCUGGGACCACUAUAUCUUUUCACCAAGAUUUCAAGAUAUUCAAUGUGGUUUGAAAAAACAAUGCAAUAAUAGAAAAGCGAUUGAAUAGAAAGAAUAAACUCUAUGGAAAAAUGUCCAUUUUUUAAGCUG